CACCUCUCGCCCUCUUUCACCUCCUCGCCCUCGCAAAUUCUCUCGAUCCUGACGAGGUUGCUCGUCCCUUUCCCUCGGUCGGGGGGCGGAGUCAGGGAGCUCAAGUUGAGAUGUUGAACCUCGUGGCUGUUCAGUGUGCUCUCCGGUCUAAUUGAGUUAGCUAGCGUGUUGUAUCUCCUUUUCCCCCUGAAUCCUGCUGCCAAGGUGAUCGUGCCUGCCUACCUACCUACCUACCGGAGCUCUGCCAGAAGAAGGCAGGCCUGGGAAGACGGAGGCUUCUGGAAAAGAACACGAAUCAGAAAACGCUAAGAAUCUUUCUCUCAGUAGUUGCGGUACCAAAUGAAAAGAUAACAACAGCAGCAGCAGCAGCAGCAGCAGCCGUAACAACACAUCAACAUACAACAGCAAAAACGGAAACAACACUAUAUCUGCCCCCGAGGGUGUUCAAAGAAGCGCGCCUUCAUCACAUUUCUACCACCUAUCUGCGUGUUAUCGUGUUCGUCUUCGAUUGUGUGUGCGUGUAUCCAUCGAAUUCAUUCACAGAAAAAAAAUACGCCAACACCAUCAUAAACUCUUUACUAUUAUGAUUACAAACACUUCUACUAGUACGCUUAAUACUAUAGAUAUCACUGCUUCCAUAUUACACUGUAGGUCUUUCAAGUAAGGUCGUGAGUGUGGCAAAGGUUAGCUAAGUUCAACACAAAUCAAGCAAGACGCGGACAAGAUCAUACAGCCACUGUCGAACAGCUAGCGAAUUGAGCUGAGCCUUUAGUUGUGUGAAUAGUGCGAUUCGUGGUCAUCGUUCUAGUUCAGCUCGACUAGAUUAGAGGACGUGACGUUCUCCACUUAAAACAGGCCAAAUGAUGGACUAUUCAUACUUGAACCAGGCAGCCCAGGCCGCCUUCGACGCCAACUGUGGCGGUGCUCUCGACCAUCAGCUGUGUUCGGUACCGUACGGUUCACAGCUAGAUGGGGCAAGCUACGGGGUGCCCAGUCCGUCCGCCAUGCCUCGCUACACGUCUCCGCCGGCGCGUGGCUUCUCAGCGUCGCCUCCAAUAAAUCCGCCGUUGACUGGUGCACCCGGGUUGUUUCCGCCGACAAAGCGUCAGGAUUCCCCGAUUCCUUCCCAGGGCACUUCGUCACCAUCGCCAAACCCUACGGCUCCUCACGUCUUCUCGUCCGGCAUGGGACUACAAGGUGGAGCUCGAGGAGUCUUCCCAUUCCCAGUUAGUGCUACUGAUACGGACGUUUGGCCACGGACGUGCGGUGAUCGACUAGCCGAAUGGAGCCCCGACAGAGAUCGCCAGGGUCGGCAGGUCGCCUGGUUUGGACAAGCAGCCGCUGCAGCGACGGCCGCGCUCCCGUACAAAGUCUACUCUUCGCCAACGGUCCAUACGCACGGCGACGGAGUGUUAAGCGAGAAACGUAAACAGCGCCGUAUUCGAACGACCUUUACGUCGGCGCAGCUUCGUGAGCUUGAGAGAGCUUUUCAAGAAACUCACUACCCGGAUAUCUACACGCGGGAGGAGAUCGCUAUGAAGACUGACCUUACUGAAGCUCGUGUACAGGUAUGGUUCCAAAACCGUCGUGCCAAAUUCCGCAAACAAGAGCGACUUAAUCAGCAAAAGGGCGCUGGAGGAGGCGGGUCCGAUGGAAUGCCCCCAUCGCCGAUCUCAACGACUGUUGCGGAUUCGACAACGAACAACAACUGCCAAGCAGUUGGUCUGGGGGUAGCUGCACCUGUUAACGGCGUCGGCAUAGGGAAAGAAUGUAAAGAAAAGAAUAAUAUGCAACAGCUGAUGCAGCAGCAACACUCGCCAGACUCGAAUAAAUCGAACAUGACAUCGCACAACGGAGGGAAGAUGGGCGCGGAUAGUCCUUGCGGAAGCCUUUCAGGCAGCAAAUGGGGCUGUGCUGGUAGUCCUGUACCAUAUCCGACCUCAGCGUACCACGGCAUGACUAACCAGACAUCGAAUGCAGUUGAUACCAAACCUCCACUUCUCACCUCAUCACAGAUAUUUUAGGACGAGACCUCUACAAACCACUUACGUCAACGUAUUGCUUCAACUAUUCUUCAGUGCCGGAGACUUUCGAAGCCUAUCAAUCAGCAGCUGAAUAACAAACAGAUUGUGCUUACCUCUAUGCCAGUUUCUCAUUCCGAGUAACACAAUAUCGCGUGUGAUUAUUCAAAACCCAGAAAGUCUGAACUGAAACCGAAUGCUGCUCGGCAUUGACGUUCGAAUAGCAGAACCAUUAAUGACGGCCAGGUGCAUCGAUCGGAACGAAAAACACAUAAUAAGAAACCAGAUGGGUACGAAAUGGUCGAUCCUGCGUGGUCUUUAAACAGAUGCAGGAACAGCGGACUCUAUUGCCGUUCAAAUCAGAUAUACCUAGCACGAAAAAUGGCAGAAGAAACGAGAAAUACAGCAAAACAUUAAUACAAAGGACAAAAAAAGAAAGACGAAGACAUCGACGAUCAUCAUGUUCGUUCUGCAUAACAGAAAUGUCUCCUUGUACAAUGCCUAUACAUAAACUACGGUUAUUAAAAGAGAAGGCCAAGUCUAAGUAUUAAGAGUAUGCUACACGAUGAAAAGCUGUAACAACUUCAACAGCAGCGAACAAAUUGCGGAAACAAUACUCAAAUGUGGAACAUGAUAACGAAAAGCCCACGUAAGUAUGCGGUAGAGUUCUUAACUUAAAUAAGACCUAAAAAAGCGUACUCUCCAUACAAACGACAAUGAGGCCAUUCAACGAAAUGAGGUAGAAGAAGAAAUCGAACAAAAGAAAUUGAAAGAUUAACAAAUCACUGUAAUAUAACGUGUACAUUAUUUAGACUUGCCAUUUAAUGCUGGCGCACCGUUCGAGAUUUCUUGCAGAUUAUAUAUAUAUAUAUAAAAAAAAUAAUCUAUAUAUAUAAACGACGAAGGCGCCCGGCGCAGAAGGAGUACUACAUACUGAACUCACAACUGCAAUUUAUUUAUUCAAAAUGGUGGUGUGAUGAGGUAAUAAGGAUUAUGACAGUAUUGCAACUUUCAACGAAUGUAAAUGCAUCUACGAAAUAUUGGGGCUGCGACACUUCCAGGAACUAUAUGAUAUCUUACGUGAUGAAGACUCGUACUUCAAAUACCUAAUGACUGCACUGAGAAAACUUAUAUGUUUUAGAGGAAAAGUUCCCAAACAGAUUGGUUCAUACUAUCAACGAUUUUGUCAUCUAUCAAACUGGCUAUACCGUUCCUCAUUUAAGGAUCUGAUUAUGAGGAUACUAGCAAUUCUUUAAGGCUUUGCGGAUUGCUCCUGAUCAUAUGUGCGUUAUUAUCACGAAGUUCUAAUAUGACGAUUGCGCAUUAAUGACGACAGUGAUGCGCAUGACAAUUUCAUAAUGGUGAUGACCGAUAUAAUAGUGCAAUGGUUAUUAUUGCGCUAUUAACAAAACAAAAACAAGUCUAGUCAGGUCGCAGCGGGGAUAGCAGGACUUCGGCAUAAUGCGCAUGCAGAAAGACAAUGAGGUGCAGGUAUUCCUUAAAUAUUAACAUUGAUGAACUUGAAAUGGUACAUCUGUAAGAAGAAAACGGUUCUUUUCAUUAUGGCGCAGAAGUACACUGUAAUAUUGGUUAUAGGAAUGCACUUUGCCUCAAGAUGAAUUCCGGUAUACUACGUAACUAGAGAUAGUAAAUUACUACUCUAUUACCAGCGAGCUUCACUAAGUAUCAUGAAUGAUGAAUUAUCCUUAUGUCGGUCUAGAGCAACCGUGCUUGCCAUCUCGUGGUUUGCCCAAAGUUGUGCCCUCAUUGGGCUUUCACUAGGCUUGGCAGUGCGUGGGAAGGGCAAAAGAGAGAACUGACAAAGCGACAUAAGAAAUAGAUGAUUAUGAUUCGAUUGUACUGUGUUUCCCAUUAUAUGGUCACAUGGUUUUCAUUGAGCAUCUGGAACUCGGACUUGAAACGAGACCAUAGAUUCGAUGGCAUCUCAGUAUGUGUAGGGAAGUUGUGCGUUUGUGUGUGCGCAAUGUUCAGGUCAACUUGAUUUGCUCGACGACGUCGCUCCUGUUACUGCUGCGACUCGAGGCCUUUGUUCGUCCUUUGUGGUGAUUCAUGAGCGGAAGAAAAGGGAAGACAGAAAAUGUAUAACGGCAUACGAACUGUAUUAGCACGGUAGAGGAGUAAGUAUAGGUUUAAAGCAUGUGAGAGAGCAACUUUGAUGAAAGCAAGGAACUGACAUUCCGACAGAAGAGGGCGGGGAAAGAGAAAGACCAAAACAUUGGAUGCAGACAGGCUUGAGUCACGCGAAAACGAACGCUGGUUUGCGCGAUAGAAACAAGAAGUAAGAUGUGGAUAAUGCGUAAUAAUGAGGACACGACAUAGAGUUAAUGAGGCGAUAACCAAUACGAAGCAAAUGAGGUGCGAAAAAGCAAGAGACAGUAGCGAAAAGUAAACAAUAACGUCAUAAUAGCAACGACAACAGCGAUCGCGGUAGAAAGGCCAUGUCGUGACACGUCCAUUUGACGUUCGCUUGAUUGCUCCAGAACAGGAGAUAUAUCGGCUUUUAUCCGGCAAUCAGGCGAUAGAAGGCGCACCUGUCCAACCCAGUUACGGUUUUGAAGCGAAAUGGGAAAACGCGAGAGAGAAAAACA